GUUUCCGGUUUCUGUCAUGUGAUUUUACAUGACUUGCAUAGUACGUUUGUCAACAAGAAACCGUUUUGAUAUCUGGAGAAUUCAGUGAAUUCGUGUAGUUUUCUUUUACGUACCAUUAGCUAGCUAAAUAUUUAAAGUCCCUAAUGGAUAGCUGAGAAUAGGACGCUGUUCUGCUAUCGCUUCCAAUCUCAAUCAUCAUGGCAGAAGUAGAGAAGGGAAGAAAACCAAGUGAAGAAUCCACAGAUGACUCUGAGGAAGAGGACAGCGAGGAGGAGCCUAAGCUGAAGUAUGAGCGACUGGCCAAUGGGGUGACUGAGAUUCUCCAAAAGGAUGCUGCCAGCUGUAUGACUGUCCAUGAUAAGUUCCUUGCACUGGGCACUCACUUUGGGAAGGUUUUCCUUCUGGACAUCCAAGGAAAUCUGACUCAGAAGUUUGAAAUUAGUCCAGUGAAGAUCAACCAGAUCAGUCUGGAUGAAAGUGGAGAGCAUAUGGGGAUCUGCUCUGAGGACGGCAAGGUUCAAGUGUUUGGACUCUACACAAGGGAGGGCUUCCAUGAGAACUUUGACUGCCCUGUCAAAGUGGUGGCGUUGCACCCUCGGUUCAGCAGUUCAAGCUACAAACAAUUUGUCACCGGAGGCAACAAGCUGCUGCUGUACGAGAAGAACUGGCUGAACCGCUGGAAGACCUCCACUCUGCACGAGGGGGAGGGCACCAUCACUAACGUCCAAUGGAGGGCCAAUCUCAUCGCCUGGGCCAACAAUAUGGGGGUGAAGAUUUAUGACAUCAGCACCAAACAGCGAAUCACCAACGUCCUGCGGGAUAACGUCAGCCUGCGGCCUGAUAUGUACCCCUGCAGUCUGUGCUGGAAAGACAACUCCACCCUCAUCAUCGGCUGGGGCUCCUCCAUUAAGAUCUGUGUUGUGAAGGAGAGGGGCCACACAGAGUUGAGAGACCUUCCUAGCCGUUAUGUGGAAAUUGUGUCUGCGUUUGAAACUGAGUUCUUCAUCAGUGGCCUGGCGCCUCUAGCAGACCAGCUGGUCACCCUGUACUUUGUGAAGGAGAACUCGGAUCACAUGGAGGAGGAGUUCCGAGCACGGCCUUGUCUGGACAUCAUCCAGCCUCUUCCAGAGGGCUACGAGGAAAUCUCAUCAGACGCCCUGACCGUCCGCAACUUCCAGGAGAACGAGUGUCGAGACUACCGACUGGAACAUUCCGAGGGAGAAUCGCUCUACUACAUCAUCAGCCCUAAAGACAUUGUGGUGGCCAAAGAGAGAGACCAAGAUGACCACAUUGACUGGCUGCUGGACAAGAAAAAGUAUGAGGAAGCUCUGAUGGCUGCCGAGAUCAGCUUCAAGAACAUUAAACGCCAUGAAGUCCAGAAAAUUGGGAUGGCCUACAUCAAUCACCUGGUGGAGAAAGGUGACUAUGACACCGCUGCCAGGAAGUGUCAGAAGGUGCUGGGAAAAAACAUGGAACUCUGGGAGAAUGAGGUGUACAGGUUUAAAACCAUUGGGCAGUUGAAGGCCAUCAGUCAGUACUUGCCUAGAGGGGACCUGCGUCUCAGACCUGCAAUCUAUGAGAUGAUCUUACAUGAGUUUCUAAAGUCAGACUAUGAGGGCUUUGCCACGUUGAUCCGUGAGUGGCCAGGAGAGCUCUACAAUAACAUGACCAUUGUUCAYGCAGUCACCGACCACCUCAAGAAGGACCCCAUGAACAGCACCCUGCUCACCACACUGGCUGAACUGUAUACAUAUGACCAGCGAUAUGACCGAGCCCUGGAGAUCUACCUGAGACUGAGGCAUAAAGACGUUUACCAGCUGAUCCACAAACACGACCUCUUCUCCUCCAUAGAAGACAAGAUUGUGCUCCUCGUGGACUUUGAUAAAGAGAAAGCUGUCGACAUGCUCCUGGAUAACGAAGACAAAAUAUCGAUUGACAGAGUGGUGGAGGAACUCAGGGACAGGCCCGAGCUGCUACACAUUUAUCUCCACAAACUAUUCAAGAGGGACCACCACAAGGGUCAGCGGUACCAUGAGAGACAAAUUGGCCUGUAUGCUGAAUACGAUCGGCCCAACCUACUGCCAUUCCUGAGAGACAGCAUCCACUGCCCACUAGAAAAGGCUCUGGAAAUUUGUCAGGAGAGAAACUUUGUGGAGGAAACUGUCUUCCUGCUCAGCAGAAUGGGGAACUGUAGACGGGCUCUUCAGAUGAUCAUGGAGGAACUGGAGGAUGUGGACAAGGCCAUAGAGUUCGCCAAGGAGCAGGAUGACGCUGAGCUGUGGGAGGAUCUCAUCUCGUAUUCUAUCGAUAAGCCACCCUUCAUUACUGGUCUCCUCAAUAACAUUGGGACACAUGUGGAUCCCAUUUUACUCAUCCACCGCAUAAAGGAGGGCAUGGAGAUUCCUAACCUCAGAGACUCACUGGUCAAGAUCCUCCAAGACUACAACCUGCAGAUCUUGCUCCGGGAGGGUUGUAAGAAGAUCUUAGUGGCUGACUCGUUGUCACUGCUCCAGAAGAUGCAUAGGACUCAGAUGAGAGGGGUCAGGGUGGAUGAAGAGAACAUCUGUGAAUCCUGUCACGCUUCAAUAUUACCAUCAGAUAUGGCCCAGAACUUCAGUGUGGUGGUCUUCCACUGCAGACACAUGUUCCACAAGGAGUGUUUACCUUCUCCUGGAAUGAUUCCUGGGGUCCAGUUUUGCAACAUCUGCAGUGCGAAGCGGAGAGGGCCAGGAAGUGGGAUACUGGAGAUGAAGAAGUAACAGGAAAUGCUCACCUUCCCAUGCCAUCACUUCAUCUUUCCCCAGUUGGAGUGAAUGGCAAUCUCUGGGCUCAUAGAUUUUASCUUAUUCCUCUGUCACAGUGUGCUCUGUUGUAUCAAAUGCAUAAUAUGUUGUAAUGUUAAAGGUAGACGCUGCGAUAUGACGUAGAGGCAGAAAGUAAACAGCAUAGUGGGUAAAUUUCUGCAACAGCUAAGAGCAUUGAAGCACGAGGCUCAACUUCUCUGCUGUAUUGGGUCCCUGGCUACCAGGCUGUAACGGUGUGAAGUGAACCUGUGCACAUGCGCAGAAACUGUGAAUGUGAGAGCGCAGAAACUGUGUGAGAGCGCAGAAACUGUGUGAGAGCGCAGUCUUGCAUCUCGCUCAUCCCAAUAUUUGUGGUGCUGCCUGUGGCCACGUCAUUUCUUUGAGUCUACCUUUAAAACUGUUACUAAAAUAAAAUAAUAAAUGCUGCACUAUUUCCUCUUAAUUCACUUCUUGCAAUUUGCAUUGAACCUCAAUGAUCAAUGAAUUUAGGAUUCAAAAUAAAAGGCUUUUGAAAUCUCAA